UUGAGAGAACACAAACUUGAAACCUUCUGGGAGCAACGACACACUCGCGCAUUCGUAAAGCUCAAGCAAAUUCUCUUGAUGGAACUGGUACUCAAAGCACCCAUGUUCGACGGAACACCGUUUAUCGUCAUCAGUGAUGGCUGCAAAGAUGGCUUCGGAGCAGUCUUAGCACAG